GUUUGGUGCCGGCCGCUCCGAGGCACAGUGCGCAGCUGUGCUGUCACGGGUUCUUCCGCAAAGUCGCCGCGCCGCCUCGCCGCCGCCCGGGGGACUCGCAACACGCGCUAAACUCCCAUAACAAGACAAGAUCAAAGACGGUCGUCGUCGCGGUCCUCGGAGGUGGCGCACCGGGUUGUGUGGGUCGCGGUGAAGCCCUGUGGAGCCCCUAGGCUCGGCCCCCAUGCGAGCGGAGAGGAUAGCCGGGCCGAAGAGGUUUGAGGAUAACGUGUAGAGCGCCAUGGCCUAGCCGCGUGCAGAUGAGGUGGACGAGGGGGACGCGGGGCGGGGGCCCCUCGAAGGGCUCCUCGAAGGCCCCCACGACCAUGGGCCUGGGCCUGGGGGGCCUGGGCCUGGGGGGCCUGGGGCUCGCCCUGGCGGCCCUCGUGCUGGUGGCCGCGCUCGUGGUGGACGUCCAGGCGCAGGGCGGCCAGUCCGGCCAAAACAGCUGCCCGGCCGCGCAGGACAUCCAGCCGUGCGGCUGCACCGUCAAGAAGAACGGGCUGGACAUCCUGUGCGAGGCCACCGAGACGCAGCACAUCAACAAGGCCAUGGACGCGCUCAAGCGGCGCGGCAACGCCGUCAUCUUCUACCUCAAGCUGCGGCACAACUCGCUGCCCAAGCUGCUGCAGUUCGUGUUCCUGGGCCUGGACAUCCGCCACCUCACCAUCCACAACAGCAGCCUCGCCGUCGUCGAGGAGUCGUCCCUCAGUUCCGUCGGGAAGAAGUUGACACAGCUAGACCUCUCCCAGAACUUGCUUACCAUCGUGCCAUCCAAAGCGCUGAGCACACUGCACCACCUGCUGAUCCUCAACAUGAACCACAACAAGAUCUCCGCCAUCCACAACAAGGCCUUCCUGGGCCUCGACACCCUGGAGAUCCUCACGCUGUACGAGAACAAGAUUGACGUGGUCGACGACCAAGCCUUCGAAGGUCUGGGAAAGAAAUUGAAGCGUCUGAACCUCGGCGGCAACGGUUUGCGUCAGGUGCCUCAGAGGGCGCUUGCCACGCUCGAGGUGCUCAGGAAGCUGGAGAUGCAGGAGAACGAGUUGACAGAGAUUAAAGAAGCGGAUUUCGAAGGCCUCCGGAAUCUAGACACUCUAAACUUGCAGCACAACCGGAUCAACACGGUGCCAGCUCGGGUGUUCUCCCACUUGAAACUCCUCAACUCCUUGGAACUGGAAAACAACCAGAUCCGUUUUGUGGAUCCAGAGGCCUUCAUCGGCCUGGAAGAAAACCUGCAGUACCUCCGCCUCGGCGACAACAAGCUCAACGCCAUCCCCAGCGACGCCCUGCGCCGCCUGCACCGACUGCGCCACCUGGACCUGCGCGUCAACAACAUCACCUUCAUCCCGGACGACGCCUUCUCCGGCUUCGGGGACUCCAUCACCUUCCUGAACCUCCAGAAAAAUGCGCUCAAGCACCUGCCCAUAGCGGCUUUUGAGAAAUUCCACUACCUCGAGAGGAUCUACGUGCAAAACAACCAACUCAUGACGCUUCCUGAAGAAGUUGUGGCGCCGUUCAUGGAGUCUCUAAUUUUGAUUGAAAUGGCAGGAAACCCCUUUAGGUGCGACUGUGAACUAGCGUGGUACACGGACUGGUACAAGAACAAGAGGCCGGCCGGCGAGGACCCGAGGAACGUAAUAUGUCACAUGCAGUCCGAGCAUCGAGAAUAUUCGGUGCACGAACUUCCCCUCGCAAAGAUGGGCUGUGGUGGCAAGGCUUACCAACCACCUAAAGCAAACUCCGCUCCAACCUUUGCGACUGUGGGCUGGGUCGUAUUAAGUACCUUGCUGUGUAAAAGUGUGUUAUCUUAAUAUUUAAUUCGGUAUCCGAAUGCGUUAUGUUGAGUUAUAAAUGGGUUAAUCCGUACCUGAACAACGUCUGAGUAAUUAUUGUCAUUUUCUACGUUUGUUGGCAUGCCUGGCUCUGUUUCCUAAUCUGCAUUGCGUCCUGUUUUCUUUCAUUGGCUCGCAGCAUGGCAUUUUUUUACCAACGUGAUUUUUAUUUAGAAAUUACAACAGCAUUCAAUAAAGUAAGCAUUAUUUUGUAACUUGAACAUCAAGCCGAUGUAACUUUGCUCUCAGAACAUUUUGUGUCUGUAAAGCAUAAUCCUCGGAAAACUAAAGUUUUGUGCUUCUGUGGAAUAUAUUAUUGUGGUAGUACAUCUCACUGUAUAAACGUCUUUAAUGAAUGUCUGAGCAUAUCAUAGAGUGGCACUGCUGGUCUAAUUUCACUAUAAAAUAAGGUUCAUGUUUUGUGUGUUUAGAAGGUCUUUAUGAGUGUGUGCGUGUGUGUGUGUGUGUGUGUGUGUGUGCGUGUGUGUGUGUUUAAAAACUUAUUUUAAAAGCCGUAUAUAACUUACAUGUCAUUAUAUUAAAGUAAGUGUUAGGAGGCCUAAAAAUAAUAUGACACCCAAAAGCCACGGAGUAUUAUGUUACUUACUCUUUAGGAAAGGCUUUGGGAACUUCUUCAUGACGUAGCUCUGUUUCUCACUCGUAGAUUGCAUUUGAAGUGACGCGCUGACCCCAACUCUAUGCCUUGGAAAGUUCUUAGAAGUACUGCAAAGCAUCACGGAGGUUUUGCAAUAAGUGUAAAAAGACAUAAGCAAGAUGUAACAUUGCUUAUUUAAUUUAGCUCCUCAUUCAGCGACUUUGUGUAGAUGCUGACCCUCUAGCAUCAAAGACGAGUUCUAGAUUUGGUGCAAUUUAAAUCUUGUUACGCGGGAGUCGUGGGAGGUAAUUGUUGUUUGUAUCUUUUGAUAAUUUCUUUAAAAACUCUUGUUACUUUGUUUAUUUUAUGUAUAAAAUACAGUUGUUAGUAACGAUAAUUAAGUGUGUGAAAAGAUAGCAAACGAGUAAGGGCAGGUGUGUUUAAACUCAUAACCAAACAUAUCAUGUAAUUGUGAUUUUUGUCAGUGCAAUAUUGAUGUUUCUGUCGGAACCCCGACAUAACAUGCAAAAGACUCAGACAAUAAAGCCUCGUUCCGCGUUUGGUGUCAUUGCUAAUAAUUUGGCCCUCUUUGGGGCGCAAUGGUAGCGUGUGUAUUUUCAGUUGGUUUCGGCAGGAAUAACCAAGACGGGUCUGUUAGCCUCAAUGUGAGGUAUGUCAUUUACAAACGUUUCUGCUAACUAAUAAAUCUGAUGGAAGAUGUGGAUGUGAUUAAAUGGCGAAUAAAACUUCGGGAGAGUUCCCAUCUGAG